AUGUACUUCCUCACGCCCAUCCUCAUUCUAGCCACUCUCACCGCCCUCACCCACGCCUUACCCCCCCAAAAGGGCCCCUUCGGACAGUCCACGGCCGACUUUUACCUGCCUAACCUCCGCCUCCCUUGGGGUCCCAAAUACUGGUCAUGCAUUCCCGACAGACUGCCAUGCUCUGAAGAUAAGAAUUGCUGUUCUUCUAAUUGCGCGUGUUUCGAAAUUAGUUGUAUCAUUGUGAGUAUUGUGAGAUGGUGGUGGGGUGAAGGGAGGGUGCUGACGGUGAGUGAAUUAGGGAAGACCGAGGCUUGGUAUGUGGGUGUUGUUGCUGCUCUGCUGCACAUCAGGAGCGGUUCUGAAGGGGGUUUCGUGCACGGCAAAAUGCGAUCUGAGAAGCUGUGGGCUGAUUGA